ACUGCGCAUGCGCGCCAUCUUGGACGUUGGAGGAUUAUUGAUCACUGUAAAGAGCCAAUGACAUUGAUUGUCAUGUGAUCAGCUGUGUCUAAUCACAGCUGAUCACAUGAGACAUCUACACUGAUGAUCAGUGUAGCCCCAUCAGUGCCACCUGUCAGUGUCCAUCAAUGCCACAUAUCAGUGCCUACCAAUGCACAUCAAUGCCACAUAUCAGUGUCCGUUAGAGCUGCCUUUCAGUGUCACCUAUCAGUGCUGCCUAAUAGUUCCAAUCAGUGCUGCCUAACCGUUCCUAUCAUUGUCAUGUAUGAGUGCUGCUUUUCAGUGCCCAUCAGUGAUGCCUGUCAAUGCCCAUCAGUGCCACCCAUC